AUGCGGCCUAGGGGCGAGAAUGCCUCUCGCGGUGGGGCCGUGCCCCCGAGCAGCAGGAGCAGCAGCAGCAGCAGCAGCAGCAGCAGCAGCAGCACGAGUAAAAGCAGUAGCAGCAGCAGCAGCAGCAGUAGUAGUAGUAGUAGUAGUAGUCAUACCAGCAGCAGCAGCGCCGUCACUAUUGCAUCUCUGUUUCCUCGCAGCAGCAGGUUCAGUUCCUACAUGCGAGUGGAGCGCUGCAGCUCCGUGGGGCGUAGCAGCACCCAUCAGCAGCAGCAACAGCAGCAGCAGCAGCAGCAGCAGCCGCUGCAGCAGGUUGUGCAUGUUCACGUGGCCCUGCAGCGGCGGAGCCUGAGGGAUUCAGACGUGGAGGAGUUUGUCCAUUGGCUGUCGCAGUGCGUGCAGCAGCAGUCCCGCAGCAGCAGCAGCAGCAGCAGCGGCAGCAGCAGCAGCAGCAGCAGCAGCAGCAACAGCAGCAGCAGCAGCCCGGGGGUGGGCCGUCUGCCUGCAGCAGUGGUGUUAUCAGUAGACCUGGCGGAGAACAGCAUUACUGGCGCUGGGGUUACUUGUUUGCUUUCCUUUCUUUCUAGCUGCUGCAGCACUUUGAAGCUCAGCAAGCUGAAGCUGUUUAAGAACAGCAUUGGUGAUGCGGGUGCAGCAGCAGUUGCUGCCUACAUCACAAAAGCAGCAGCAGCAGGAUGUUUGCUGCUAGAGGAACUCCACAUGUCGCACUGCAGCAUCAGCAGCAGCGGUGCGCUGCUCGUUAUGAAUGCUGUUGCGGCUGCUGCUACUCCUGCUGCUGACAGCAGCAAAGAAAGUGCUGCAGCAGCAGCGGCUUCUGCUGCUGCUGCUCCUGCUGCUACAUUUGUCUACCCACGUCUGGAUUCUCGCAAGAAAUCACAUGUGCCGCUUUGGUUAAGGAUGGAGUACAAUGCAAUUGCAGACCCAAUGACUUUGGUCCGUCAGUGGGCAACCACGGCGAAACAGAAGAGAGGAGCUGCUGCUGCUGUUUGCUUCGCCGAUAAGCAGCAGCCGCAGCAGCAGCACUGCACCCCAGCGCGCUGCUGGAAAGCCUCUGCACAUUCUGCUGUACCAGUCCUACAUAUGUAUAUGUUUGCGCACCAGUCUUCUGGAGACAGCCGCCGCAGCCCUCCAUCUCGUUCGACAGCCUUGACUGCGGCAGCACCGCACUCUAGCGGCCAUGCUGCUGCAGGGCCGGCGUCUGCUGCUACUGUUGCAGCGCCAGCAGCAGCAGCAGCAGGCCAGCGAGCAAGUUCAGCAUCAGCAGCAGCAGCAGCAGGACCAGCAGCAGCAGCAGCAGCACCAGCACAAGGGCAGAAACUCAAAUGCCCAGCCGCCAGCUAUUCACGACGCUCAUCUGAUGACCCCACAGCCAAGCAGCAGCAGCAACAGCAGCAGCAGCAGCAGCAGCAGCAGCAGCAGCAGCAGCAGCGGGGCAGCAAGGGUGCGCUGAGCAGCAACACCAGCAGCAGCAGGCAGCAGCCAGUGGCAGCACCUCCCGGUAGUAACAGCCGCGGGCGUGACGCAGCUGCAGCAACAGCAGCAGCAGCAACAGCACCAACAGCAGCAGCAACAGCAGGAGCUGCAGCGGAUCGACGGCCCGCCUCUUCGCGAGUAUCGUAUGCAGCAGCAGCAGCAGCGCCACCUGCUGGUGCUGCUGCUGCAGCUGGUACUGCUGCUGCACGCCCACCCCCAGCAAGUGAAGGCAGAGCUGCAGCAAGAGGACCAGCAGCAGCAGCAGCAGCACCUGCUGCAGCAACAGCCAGAGCACCAACAGCGGAGACCUCCCGCAGUCAACCCACUGCCUCUGCUGGUUCAGCAGCAGCAGGAUCAGCAGCAGCAGCACCAGCAACGACGGGAGCAGCAGCUCCCUCAGUUGCAGCAGCAGGACCUCCAGCGGCAGCAGCCGCAUCAGGAAAAGUAUCAGUGAGAGGAGCAGCAGUCAGCCCCGCAGCAGCAAAAACAGCUGCGGCACACACUGCAGCAGCAGCAACUGCAGCAGGAGCAGCAGCAGCAGCAGCAGAAGAUGCCAGUCCUGUUGAUAUUUUGCGCAGCCUUCCUCUUUAUAUUUUCGUUGAUUCAUCUGCUGUCACGCAGAUGAGAGAAGGAACUUGUGCUGCUCACACGCAGUGUGAGGAGCCUUGCCCUAUCAGCUUUGCUGGGUUACGCCGUCUGUACAGCCAGGGGCUGCUGGCUUGCAGAUGCCAGAAGCCUGCUGCUGCUGCUGGAGCAGCAGCAGAAGCAGCACAUGCAGGAAGUUCAGCAGCAGAAGCAAAUGCGUCUGUAUCGGACAGCGACAUUUCAGUCUUUCUUGUAACGGAUUAUGUAGAGCGGGAGGUUUCCCGCAUACAGCAGCAGCAGCAGCAGCAGCAGCAGCAGGACGGUGCCCUGCAGCAGCUGCGGCAGCUGGCGAGUGAUUUUCAAGUCGUUGAAUAUAUUGAAGGGAUAAAGAAGAGCCCCAAGCAGCCGCUGCCUCCGCAGCAGCAGCAGCAGCAGGGGCAGGAGCAACAGGAAGGCGAACAGCAGCAGCAGCAGCGGCAGCAGCAGCAGCAGUUUUCGCUGCUGUCACCCCAAGACCUCUCCCUCGGCAGCGCGCUGCAGCUGAGCCCUGACACGCUGGAGGCCCUCGACUUCGCGCUCUUGUGGAAGAAGCAUUUAGAGGAGGUUUGCACGGGCUUCACUGCCAGCAGCAGCAGCAGCAGCAGCAGCAGCAGCAGCAGCAGCGACAGCAGCAGCAAGUCGAGCGAUGGCCUCGUCUUCAUGCUGACAGCUGACCCAGCUGUGAAAGUCUUUCUGCAGCGAGUUGCUGCUCCUUCUGCUGCUGCUGAUGCUGCUGCUGCUGCUGCAGAGGAAAGGAAACCUCACGUGCCGUGCAUGCUGCUAGAGGAGCUGUGCUGCUGUUUAGGUGCAGCAUACCCUCAUUUGCUGCAGCAGCAGCAGAGACGGCAGCUGCAGCAACAGAGACCUCUCUCAGCAGGAGAUCUGCGUAGUCUGAUGCUUGCUGCCCUAAAGCACCAGCAGGAGCAGCAGCAGCAGCAGCUUGCAGACGAAGCAGCAGCAGCAGCAACGUCGCCCUCCACAGCAACAGGUUGUGGAGGGGCUGCAACAACAGCUGUCUGUACUGCAGUAACUGCCCCAGCAGCAACAGCAGCAGCAGCAAAUGCUGCUGCAGCACCCGCACUACCAGGAGUAGCAGCACCAGCAGCAGCAGCAACAGCAGCAGCAGAAAAAGAAGCAGAGUCGCGAGUGAAUGGAAGUGCGUACAAUCCUCUUUUUUCCUCGUUGAUCACAGGCCUAACAGACGCUGCUUACAGCAGCAGAAACAGCAGCAGCAGCAGCAGCAGCAUUAUUACUAGUAGUAGUAGCAGCAGCAGCAGCUGCAGCAGCAGCACAGUAGUCAGCAGAUUCUGCAACACCACAAGCCUCGCGAGUCGCACUGUGGUGACAGUUGAAGAGAUAGAAGAGCUGCAGUUGCGGCAGCAGCAGCAGCAGCAGCAGCAGCAGCAGCAGCAGCCGCAGCAACAGCAGCAGCAGCAGCAGCAGUUGCAGCUGCACUUACCCCCCGGAUUUGCCAGUGCCUCUAGAGGCCCCGAGACAGCAGCAGCAGCAGACUUCCUGUUUGCUUCUUACUUAGGUGAUGAUAAUAAACACAAUGGUAUGCCAGAAGGAAGCAGCGACACUACGCCGAUUGCUGCUGCUGCUGCUGCUGCUGCUACUGCUGCUGACAGAGCAGAAUUGAGCUUCCCAAGCAGCGCAGCAGCAGCAGCAGCAGGAACAGAUUCUUAUGCUGCAGCAGCAAACAACAGAGAGGCCGAAGAGGCUGCUGCACUUCCCAAGCCUUUAAGUGCAGCAGCUGGCGGGGUGGUGGCGCAUGCAGAUCCGCAGCAACGAGCAGCUGCAGCAGCAGCUGCUGCUGCGCGCUCGCAGUUGCAGCUGCAGCACCAACCGCUGCAGCUGCAACAGCCAAGGCAAGUUGAAGACCCAGUGGGUGCGGCGCAGCAUCAGCAGCAAGACUGGGAGCUCAAGGACGAGCUAAUAACCGCCAUAGCGAUGGUGCAAGAACUGGCGACUCGCAUUCGUCUGUCAGACCCAGCAGCAACAGCAGCAGCAGCAGCAGCAGCAGCAGCCGGUGGCAGCUGCGUAACUGAUGGGGUUCUUGUUGAGGACCUCCUAAUGCGCGCGCAGCACUGUGUAUAUCGUUGGCGUCGUUUGUUGCUGAAGCAGCAGCAGCAGCAGCAGCACCAUCAGCAGCAACAACCGUGGGAGCAUCAGCAGCGGCAGCACCCGCAGCAGCAGCAGCAGCAACAACAACAGCUCGCUUUGCAGCACCGUGAUAUGGCGUCUUCAUGCAUUAGCAGCAGCGUACUGGCUAUACACGAUCAGCAGCCGCAACAGCAGCAGCAGCAGCAGCUCGCGCUGCAGCAGCCGCAGCAGCAGCAGCAGCAGCUGCAGCAGCAACCGUGGGAGCAGCAGCCAUACCCCCGGUGGCCGUUGCCGGUAGAUCAGCGGCAUACGCCUCCAACUGUAUGGCAGCCGCAGCAGCAGCAGCAACAGCAGCAGCAGCAGCAACAGCAGCAGCAGCAGCAGCAGCAGCAUGGAGGCCUUCUAUGGGGUAGGGAAGCAGACGCAUGGCAACCUCCUCACGUCUUGCAGCAGCCGCAGCAGCAGCAACAACUUUCGCUGCAGCAGCAGCAGCAGCAGCCAUUGCAGCUGCAGCAAACAUCAUCAACAGUCUGGCAGCAGCAGCAGCAGCAGCAGCCACCGGCACCGCCGCAGCAGCAACAGCAGCAGCAGCAGCAGCAACCACCGCUUGCUCGGCAGCAGGUAGGCCAAGACAACUGCCUGUGGGAGCUGAAGUCAAGCAAGCAGCAGCUGCAGCAACAGCAACUGCAGCAACAGCAGCUGCAGCAACAGCAGGUGCAUCACAAGCAGCAGCAGCAACAGCAGCAGCUGCAGCAGCAACAGCAGCAACAGAAAAGCAGAAGCUUUUGCAACAGGGGCUGCAGCUGCUGCUGCUUCCGCAGCAGGUGCUGCUGGAGCGCUGAGGUGUACGUACACCUGGCGUAUGAGGCUUCUCUAAAGUCGAUGAUGCAGCAGCGUGCAUUUGUUUAUCAGCGCAACGUGCUGCUGCAUGGACCCCAUAGCAGCAGCAGCAGCAGCAGCAGCAGCAGCGGCGGCGGCAACAGCAGCAACAACAGCAGCAGCAACUGGAGCAGCAGCAAGAGCAGCAACGACCAGCAGCACAAGAUGGUGCUUGUGUGUUUAUUGUUUUUGUCUGUGUGUGAAUCUUAA